AUGAGAUCCGUUGCUUAUUUUGUCAACUGGGCCAUCUAUGGUCGCAACCACAAUCCCCAGGACCUGCCCGCGGAUAAAUUGACUCAUGUUCUCUACGCAUUCGCCAAUAUUAACCCGGAAACUGGUGAAGUAUUCUUGACCGACAGCUGGUCUGAUGCCGAGAAGCAUUAUCCCAGUGACUCGUGGAAUGACUCGGGUAGCAAUGUUUACGGAUGUAUCAAGCAACUGUAUCUCCUGAAGAAACAGAACCGCAACCUGAAGGUCCUGCUGUCCAUCGGUGGCUGGACCUAUUCGUCCAACUUCGCUCAGCCUGCCAGCUCUCCUGAGGGUCGGGCUAAAUUCGCCGAGACUGCGACCCGGCUUGUUCUUGACCUGGGAUUCGAUGGAAUUGAUAUUGAUUGGGAGUACCCUCAAAACGAUGACCAGGCGCAGAAUAUGGUUGAGUUGCUUCAAGCCUGUCGACAGCACCUCGACCAAGCUGCCGGUGCAAGCCGUAAAUUCUACCUUACAAUCGCCUGCCCCGCUGGCCCAAGCAAUUUCAACCGCCUGAGACUAUCUGAAAUGAAUGAAUAUCUUGAUUUCUUCAAUCUGAUGGCAUACGACUAUGCCGGCAGCUGGGACUCAAAUGCGGGUCACCAAGCAAACAUCUACCCAAACUGUAGCGAUCCAAGUUCAACACCAUUCUCCACCCAGGUCGCAGUUGACCACUACAUCAACUCCGGUGUUCCUAGCGACAAGAUAGUGUUGGGCAUGCCGUUGUACGGCCGCGCGUUCACCAACACCGACGGACCGGGCAAGCCAUUCAACGGCGUGGGUGAGGGAAGUUGGGAGAAUGGCGUUUGGGACUACAAGGCGUUGCCGCGACCUGGGGCGCAGGAGAUGCUCGUUCAGGAUAUCGGGGCCUCGUGGUGCUAUGAUAGCACGUCACGCACGAUGGUGUCGUAUGACGACCCGCCUACGAGUCGACUGAAGGCCGAGUAUGUGAAACAGAAACAGCUGGGUGGUGGUAUGUGGUGGGAGAGUAGUGGUGAUAAGGGGGGUAAGACUGCGAAUGCUGCUGAUGGGAGCUUGAUUGGUACAUUUGUCGAUGCCCUUGGUGGAACCGGGGCUCUGGAGCAUUUGGAAAAUGCGCUCAGCUACCCCGAGAGCAAGUAUGAUAACCUGAAGAACGGAAUGUGA